AUGGUGACAAGCGGUUUAUUAUGCCAUUUUUAUGAGAAGAAAGGAAUAAGUUUAGGUCGUGUUGUGAAUAAAAAUGCAGAGAAUGUUUCUGGUGGCAAUGAAUGUCGAGAGUUUGCACAUAACGAGUAUGUUCCCCCUGAAAAUGAACAUCAGCGUGAUGUCAUAAAAUCAUUUGAAGAAGUACAAGAUCCUACCAACAGGCCACCGGCUCCUUUGCCUAAUGAACGUAAUAUCGAUGUUGAUGUGCAGACAGAAACAAGAAAAGUACCCGUUUUACGGAAGCCCGUUCAACAAUCACAAUCAUCAUCAUCACCAUCAUCAUCGCGUCAAUCACAACGAAAUCCACAGCUACAAUCGUCAGCGAAAGAAGAUAAUAUAUGUAGGGAACUACUUCACGAUCGAAAAACACUUAUACCCCGUUCACAGAAACCAUUACCACCACUACCACCAUCUUCUGCCAUUGAAGAUAAUAUACGCAUGGAACCGCUUCACGAAGAUGCAGGACCUCCAUCCCGUUCACAGAAACCAUUUCCAUCAUCCCUUCCACCAUCUCCUUCCAUUGAAGAUAUUAAGGACAACAAUACAUGUGCAGAUAUUACAUCCAUAGAAGUAGAAUAUACACAACCUUCUAAAACUAAACCUUUAAACCAGAUACCUGAUCAUCCAUUCAAACCAGAACAUGAAUUAAAGAACACAUCAGACGGUAUAACCAACCAGACUAAAUGUCUACCAACAAGAUUUACCACAGAAAGUAUAUCGAGUGAACACACACAGACAAUAAACCAUGUAACACCCAUAUCAAGAUCCGCACCACCAUCUCCACCAGUUGAAGAGGAAGAAGAUAAGUCAAGUUGGGAUGAUUCAUCAAAUUCAAGUUUAGAACAUGAAGACGAAACAACUGCGAUUGAUAAUCCAUCUUAUCAUGAAAAAGAAGAUACAGUAUCAUCCAUACAUAGUUCGUCAAAUGAAGAAACAACAGGUAUCGAGGAAGUUCAGCAGCCAACUACAAAUACUGACAAAAAAAAGCCAGUGCAAUAUUACCCAACUUUCCCUAAAAAAACAGAUGAUGACAUUUGGACUGAGCCGGCAGAACCGAUAAAAGUUUUAGACGAAGAGACACAGCCAAUGGAACUCAGCCCAAGUUUAAAUGAUCCUAAUGAUAAGAACAAGAUAGAAUCAACCAGUGAAGAUAAAAGUCCGGAAACAGAAAAAUGAAGAUCGUUAUUAUCGUAAUAAUCUAUAGGAGAAAAAUUAAAGUGAACAUAAUAUGUGUGAUGGAAGGAAUGAAAAUAUGUAUACAUUAUUUAUUUUUGCAGCUAGUGCUAUUGUUUUAGCAAUUUUUAACAC